AUGGAGAAAACAAGUGGAAGAGAGGCCAUUGCUUUGUCCACAACGGAGACUGGCACAGAGAACCCAGCGCUGGAGCUCGCGGAAGAAGGAAUAAAUCCUGAGGGAGCCAGGAGGACUGAAGAGCAAGGACAAAGCCUCUCGGAUGGGCUGGGGCCUUCCACUCACCACAGGAGGAGACUACUACAACCUUUCACCAGGGCAAGAAGUUUCUGCAAAACACAUGCCAGCCUAUUCAAGAAGAUCCUGCUGGGCCUGUUCUGUUUGGCUUAUGCUGCCUACUUCCUGGCAGCCUGCAUCUUGGAUUUCCAGAGGGCACUGGCCUUGUUUGUCCUCACCUGCCUGGUGCUCUUGGUCCUGGUUCACCGCACUCUGAAAAGGUUGUUUGGUAAAACAUUAACCAAAUGUCUGAAGCCCUUUGAAAACUCCUGCCUGAAGCGUUGGAUGAAAUGGGUGUUUGCUGGAGUCGCCUUGGUUGGCCUCAUCCUGUGGCUAGCUCUAGACACAGCCCAAAGGCCAGAGCAGCUGAUGUCCUUUGCAGGAAUCUGCAUGUUCAUCCUCAUCCUCUUUGCCUGCUCCAAACACCACAGUGCAGUGUCCUGGAGGACGGUGCUUUGGGGCCUGGGUCUUCAGUUUGUCUUUGGGAUCUUGGUCAUCAGAACUGAUCCUGGAUUUAGUGCAUUUCAGUGGCUGGGAGACCAGGUUCAGAUUUUCCUGAGCUACACAGUGGCUGGCUCCAGUUUUGUCUUUGGGGAUACGCUGGUCAAGGAUGUCUUUGCUUUUCAGUCCUUACCGAUCAUCAUUUACUUUGGAUGUGUGAUGUCCAUUCUCUACUACCUGGGCCUUGUGCAGUGGAUAGUUCAGAAGGUUGCCUGGUUCUUACAAAUUACCAUGGGCACCACCGCCACAGAGACCCUAGCUGUGGCAGGAAACAUCUUUGUGGGUAUGACAGAGGCCCCUCUGCUCAUCCGUCCAUACCUUGCGGACAUGACACUCUCUGAAGUCCAUGCAGUGAUGACUGGAGGGUUUGCCACCAUUUCAGGCACUGUGUUGGGAGCCUUCAUCUCCUUUGGGAUUGAAGCGUCAUCCUUGAUUUCUGCGUCUGUGAUGGCUGCCCCAUCUGCCCUUGCCUUGUCAAAGUUGGUCUAUCCAGAAGUGGAGGAAUCCAAGUUCAAGAAUAAGGAGGGAGUAAAAUUGCCCCGUGGGAAGGAGUCAAAUAUCCUGGAAGCUGCCAGCAAUGGAGCCACAGAUGCCAUAGGCCUUGCUACUAAUGUAGCAGCCAACCUGAUUGCCUUCUUGGCCGUGUUGGCCUUCGUCAAUGCUGCCCUUUCCUGGCUAGGGGAAUUGGUAGACAUACAGGGGCUCACUUUCCAGGUGAUUUGCUCCUACGUCCUAAGGCCUAUGGUUUUCAUGAUGGGUGUAGAGUGGGCAGAUUGUCCAAUGGUGGCUGAGAUGGUGGGGAUCAAGUUCUUCACAAAUGAGUUUGUGGCCUAUCAGCAACUGUCUCAAUACAGGAACAAACGUCUCUCCGGAAUGGAAGAAUGGAUCAGGGGCGAGAAACAAUGGAUUUCUGUGAGAGCUGAAACCAUUACAACAUUUUCACUCUGUGGAUUUGCCAAUCUUAGUUCCAUAGGAAUCACACUGGGAGGCCUGACAUCAAUGGUACCCCACAGGAAGAGUGACUUGUCCAAGAUUGUAGUGAGUGCCCUCUUCACAGGGGCCUGUGUAUCCCUUAUCAGUGCCUGUGUGGCAGGAAUCCUCUAUGUUCCCAGGGGAGCUGAAACUGACUGUGUCUCUUUCCUAAACACAACUUUCACCAAUAGAACCUAUGAGGCCUAUGUGUGCUGCAGAGAGCUCUUCCAGAGUACUCUGAAUGGCACCAACGCUCCUUCUUUUUCCGGUCCAUGGGAAAAUAAAGAGUUCAGUGCCAUAGCCCUUGCUAACUGCUGUGAAUUCUACUCCAAUGCUGUGUGUGCCUAA